AUGGCGACGCUGUUGGCGGUAAAUUCGGCUGCUAGUCUGUGGGGUCCGUACAAAGACAUUUGGCAAACAGUGGGAAAUGCUCUUUGGAGAAGACAACCUGAAGCUGUCCACCUUCUUGACAUGAUCUUGAAGAAACACAAACCUGACUUCAUCUCACUGUUCAGAAACCCACCCAAAAAUGUCCAACAACACGAGAAGGUUCAGAAAGCCAGUACAGAGGGAGUCGCCAUCCAGGGUCAACAGGGGACCCGACUUCUUCCUGAACAGCUCAUUAAAGAAGCCUUUAUCCUUAGUGACCUUUUUGAUAUUGGAGAAUUGGCAGCUGUUGAGCUUCUCCUCGCCGGAGAGCACCAACAGCCCCAUUUUCCUGGUCUCACCAGAGGACUAGUAGCUGUUCUUUUAUACUGGGAUGGAAAGCGGUGCAUUGCAAAUUCCCUGAAAGCCUUGAUACAGUCUAGACGAGGAAAGACGUGGACCCUUGAACUCAGUCCAGAGCUGGUUUCCAUGACAACACGCUUUACAGAUGAACUGAUGGAGCAAGGAUUGACUUAUAAAGUGCUUACUCUGGUGUCACAGAUUGAUGUGAACAAUGAGUUUGAGAAGCUACAGCGGGAGAGAGGUUUGGGCAGUGAAAAACAUCGAAAAGAGGUUUCUGAUCUUAUCAAGGAGUGCAGGCAGUCUCUGGCAGAAAGCCUUUUUGCCUGGGCUUGUCAGUCACCUUUAGGCAAAGAUGACACACUGCUUCUUAUUGGACAUUUGGAAAAAGUGACAGUUGAGGCUAAUGGUUCGUUGGAUGCAGUGAAUCUGGCUCUUCUUAUGGCGCUUCUGUACUGCUUUGAUAUCAGUUUUAUAGAACAAAGCACAGAGGAGCGAGAUGAUAUGAUUCAUCAGCUUCCACUAUUGACAGAAAGACAAUACAUUGCAACAAUUCAUUCCCGCCUUCAAGACUCACAGCUUUGGAAACUGCCUGGGCUGCAAGCCACGGUUCGACUUGCCUGGGCAUUGGCACUGAGAGGAAUAUCUCAGCUACCUGAUGUGACAGCUCUGGCUGAAUUCACAGAAGCAGAUGAAGCAAUGGCAGAGCUUGCAAUUGCUGACAAUGUUUUCCUGUUUCUCACUGAAUCCGUGGUGGUGUCAGAAAACUUCUAUCAGGAGGAAUUUUAUAUUCGUAGAAUCCAUAAUCUCAUCACAGAUUUCCUUGCACUUAUGCCAAUGAAGGUAAAACAGUUGAGGAAUCGGGCAGAUGAAGAUGCUCGAAUGAUUCACAUGAGUAUGCAGAUGGGUAAUGAACCUCCCAUUUCACUUAGAAGGGAUCUGGAACACUUAAUGCUCUUGAUUGGUGAGCUAUAUAAAAAGAACCCUUUUAAUCUGGAGCUUGCUCUGGAAUAUUGGUGUCCCUCAGAGCCUCUUCAGACUUCCACUAUCAUAGGUUCUUACCUUGGGGUGGCUCAUCAGCGACCCCCUCAACGCCAGGUCGUCUUGUCAAAGUUUGUUAGGCAAAUGGGUGACCUGUUGCCUCCAACGAUUUACAUUCCUUAUUUGAAAAUGCUCCAAGGAUUAGCCAAUGGGCCCCAGUGCGCCCACUACUGUUUCAGCCUGCUUAAAGUCAAUGGUAGUAGUCACGUUGAAAAUAUUCAGGGAACAGGUGGCAGUCCUGUUUCCUGGGAACAUUUCUUUCACUCCUUAAUGCUUUACCAUGAGCAUCUCCGGAAGGAUCUUCCAAGUGCAGAUAGUGUCCAGUACCGUCACCUUCCUUCACGUGGCAUCACCCAGAAGGAGCAGGAUGGACUCAUUGCCUUUUUACAGCUCACAUCCACCAUCAUUACUUGGAGUGAAAAUGCUCGUCUGGCACUCUGUGAGCAUCCUCAGUGGACCCCGGUUGUGGUGAUCCUGGGACUCCUGCAAUGCAGCAUUCCCCCUGUUCUAAAAGCAGAGCUGCUCAAGACCCUUGCAGCUUUUGGAAAAUCUCCUGAAAUUGCUGCUUCCCUCUGGCAGUCGUUGGAAUACACUCAGAUACUGCAGACCGUAAGGGUUCCAAGCCAGAGGCAAGCGAUUGGUAUCGAGGUUGAACUAAAUGAAAUAGAAUCCCGGUGUGAAGAAUACCCGUUGACUCGGGCCUUUUGCCAGCUUAUUAGUACCCUGGUGGAGAGCUCAUUUCCUUCUAAUUUAGGUGCUGGCCUGAGGCCCCCUGGCUUUGACCCUUAUUUGCAGUUCCUCAGAGAUUCUGUGUUUCUCCGAUUCCGCACAAGAGCUUACCGGAGAGCAGCUGAAAAGUGGGAAGUUGCUGAGGUUGUUUUGGAAGUGUUUUAUAAAUUGCUCAGAGAUUAUGAGCCUCAACUUGAAGAUUUUGUAGACCAGUUUGUGGAAUUACAAGGAGAAGAAAUCAUAGCCUACAAACCACCAGGAUUUAGUCUGAUGUAUCAUCUUCUGAAUGAGUCACCAACGUUGGAGCUUGCUCUUAGUUUGCUGGAGGAAGGCGUUAAGCAGCUGGAUACCUAUGCCCCUUUCCCUGGGAAGAAGCAUCUGGAGAAAGCAGUGCAGCACUGCCUUGCCCUUCUCAAUCUUACUCUGCAAAAGGAAAAUCUCUUUAUGGAUCUUCUAAGAGAGAGUCAGCUAGCUCUAAUAGUCUCUCCUUUAGAACAGCUAUUACAGGGAAUCAAUCCCAGAACUAAGAAGGCCGAUAAUGUGGUGAAUAUUGCCAGAUACCUAUAUCAUGGCAAUACUAAUCCCGAAUUGGCUUUUGAAAGUGCCAAGAUCCUCUGCUGUAUCUCUUGUAACUCCAAUAUUCAGAUAAAAUUGGUUGGAGAUUUCACACAUGACCAGAGUGUAAGUCAGAAGUUGAUGGCUGGAUUUGUGGAAUGUUUGGAUAGUGAAGACACAGAAGAAUUUGUACGUCUAGAAGAGGGAUCAGAACUUGAGAAGAAACUAGCUGGAAUCCGUCAGGAAACAAGAAUCCACAUCUUGAAUCUUCUCAUAACCUCUCUGGAGCGCAAUCCACCCAAUCUUGCUCUCUACCUGUUGGGCUUUGAAUUGAAGAAGCCUGUCAGUACCACAAACCUACAGGAUCCAGGAGUCUUAGGUUGCCCUCGAACAUGCCUUCAUGCCAUUUUAAACAUCUUGGAGAAAGGAACUGAAGGGAGAACAGGUCCAGUGGCAGUGAGAGAAUCUCCUCAACUCGCUGAGCUAUGUUACCAGGUGAUAUAUCAGUUGUGUGCGUGCUCUGAUACAUCUGGUCCUACUAUGAGGUACUUGAGAACCAGCCAGGAUUUCUUAUUUUCACAGUUGCAACAUUUACCUUUUUCUAACAAAGAGUAUGAAAUGUCUAUGCUGAACCAGAUGUCAUGGCUAAUGAAGACUGCCUCAAUAGAACUACGGGUAACUUCUCUGAAUCGUCAGCGGUCACAUACCCAGAGGCUCCUACAUCUCUUACUGGACGACAUGCCUGUGAGACCGUACUCAGAUGGUGAAGGAGGAAUAGAAGAUGAAAAUAGGUCUGUCUCUGGGUUCCUUCACUUUGACACUGCUACAAAAGUACGUCGAAAGAUUCUAAGCAUUCUUGACUCGAUUGACUUCAGUCAGGAGAUCCCUGAGCCUUUGCAGUUGGAUUUCUUUGAUCGGGCCCAGAUCGAGCAAGUUAUUGCUAACUGUGAACACAAGAAUUUACGGGGACAGACAGUCUGCAACGUCAAGCUUCUUCAUAGAGUCCUUGUAGCUGAAGUAAAUGCCCUCCAGGGUAUGGCAGCCAUAGGACAGAGACCUCUCCUGAUGGAGGAAAUCAGCACUAUACUUCAGUAUGUGGUAGGAAGAAACAAGCUGCUGCAGUGUCUUCAUGCAAAACGGCACGUGCUGGAGUCAUGGAGGCAGCUGGUGGAGAUUAUACUGACAGCUUGUCCCCAGGACCUCAUUCAGGCAGAGGAUCGGCAACUGAUUAUCCGUGAUAUCUUACAAGAUGUGCAUGAUAAGAUACUAGAUGAUGAAGCAGCGCAGGAGUUAAUGCCAGUGGUAGCAGGUGCUGUGUUCACCUUGACUGCUCACCUAAGCCAAGCCGUUCGCACUGAACAGAAGCAACCAUUAGUCUUGGGACCCGGAGAGACCCAUUACGCUUUUAUGCUCGAUAGCUCGUUCACGUCACCUUCUCCAGCAGAGAACCCGGUGGUGGGUUUUGCUUCUAUUGGAGACUCUUCGCUUCACAUCAUAUUGAAGAAACUGUUAGACUUCAUUUUGAAGACAGGUGGCGGAUUCCAGCGAGUGAGGACACACCUGUACGGCUCUUUGUUGUAUUACUUACAGAUCGCCCAGAGACCAGAUGAACCAGACACAUUAGAAGCAGCCAAGAAAACCAUGUGGGAAAGGCUGACAGCCCCUGAAGAUGUAUUUAGUAAAUUACAACGAGAAAACAUAGCCAUCAUUGAGAGCUACGGUGCUGCCCUCAUGGAAGUGGUCUGUCGAGAUGCUUGUGAUGGCCAUGAGAUUGGAAGGAUGCUGGCACUGGCUCUACUUGAUCGGAUCGUCUCCGUAGAUAAACAGCAGCAGUGGCUCUUGUAUCUUUCUAACAGUGGCUACUUGAAGGUGCUCGUGGACAGCUUGGUAGAAGAUGACCAUACUUUGCAGAGCUUAUUAACGCCACAACCUCCCCUCUUAAAAGCCCUUUAUACUUACGAAUCCAAAAUGGCAUUUCUUACAAGAGUGGCCAAGAUACAGCAGGGCGCUUUAGAGCUGCUGAGGUCUGGGGUGAUAGUGCGACUGGCGCAGUGCCAGGUCUAUGACAUGCGCCCAGAGAUGGACCCGCAGGGCAUGUUUGGCAUGAGAGACCCGCCAGUUUUCAUCCCUGCCCCCGUGGACCGCUACCGGCAGAUUCUGCUCCCGGCUCUCCGCUUGUGCCAGGUCAUCCUCACGUCCAGCACGGCCCAGCACUUGCAGGCAGCAGGCCAGGUGUUGCAGUUUCUCAUUUCGCAUUCUGAUACCAUCCAAGCAAUCCUGCGCUGCCAGGACGUGAGCGCUGGGUCCCUGCAGGAACUGGCUCUACUGACAGGAAUUAUAAGUAAAGCCGCACUUCCUGGUAUAUUAAGUGAACUUGAUAUUGAUGCAAAUGAAGGAUCUCUAAUGGAGCUACAGGGACAUAUUGGAAGAUUCCAGCGCCAGUGCUUAGGACUCCUGAGCCGCUUUGGGGGCUCUGACAGACUGCGUCAGUUUAAAUUUCAAGAUGAUAAUGUGGAGGGAGAUAGAGUGAGCAAGAGAGAUGAGCUUGAACUGGCCAUGCAGCAGAUCUGUGCCAAUGUCAUGGAAUAUUGCCAGUCACUCCUGUUACAGAGCUCCCCCACCUUUCAGCAUGCUAUGUGCCUCUUCACCCCGAGCCUGUCAGAAACCAUUAAUAGAGAUGGACCCCGGCAAGAUACUCAAGCUCCAGUGAUUCCAUAUUGGCGCCUGCCCGGUUUGGGCAUUAUUGUCUACCUGCUGAAACAGAGCGCUAAUGACUUCUUCAGCUAUUACGACAGUCAUCGACGGAGUGUCAACAAACUUCAGAAUGUAGAGCAACUUCCACCUGAUGAGAUAAAAGAGUUGUGUCAGUCUGUGAUGCCUGUUGGUGUUGAGAAAAUCUCCACUGCCCAGAAAUAUGUCCUAGCAAGACGGCGUUUGGUGAAGUUGAUCAACAAUCGAGCCAAACUACUUUCCCUUUGUUCUUUUAUCAUAGAGACCUGCCUAUUUAUUCUUUGGCGCCAUCUGGAGUACUACUUGUUACAUUGCACGCCCACCGAUUCUCAGGAUUCCCUGUUUGCCUCCAGAACCUUAUUUAAAAGCAGAAGACUACAAGAUUCCUUCGCUUCAGAAACCAACCUGGAUUUCAGAAGUGGUCUGACUGCAGUGAGCCAACAUGACAUAGACCAGCUUCAGGCUGACGCCAUCAACGCUUUUGGAGAAUCACUACAAAAGAAACUUCUGGACAUUGAAGGAUUAUACUCGAAAGUUCGAUCUCGCUAUAGUUUCAUACAAGCUCUUGUCAGACGUAUCCGAGGCCUGCUGAGGAUAUCAAGGAACUAA